AGGGUGCUGGCCCCUCCUUACUAAUUUUAUACAGGUUUUUUUAAACAGUAUAAUUAAUAUGAAGUCUUCUCUUCCAUUCCAAAUCAAGUCGCCACAUCCUCAUCAGUGAAGAAGCUAAGUAUCAUGACCAGUCAUUCCUUAGAAGUGUUAUCCUAAUUGAUAGGGAAAGAAGAGGAGCAGCUGCAGACAAGAACAUCACAGACUAAGACUCCCACUGUUCUGCAAAGCUCAUCAGUUUUUCAUGUGCGAAAGCUUCACAAUUUGUUGUUUGUUACUGCUUGAUUAUCAAAGCAGUGAUAAUAAUUUUUCUCACAAUUUUGUCCAGCUCUCUAGUUGUUUGCUGGGAGAUUUCCUGACCUACUCACACCCCUGCCACCAGAAGUCCUGCCUCACCUGGCAGCUUUUAAAAUGGCAAAUUAACUUGAAAUUCUACCUGCAAGGCACCGUUCUGUAGCUCCCUACCAUGUUGGCACAAAUUUGUGCCUUUGGGGAUUAGAACAGUCUUUUUACCAUGCUAUUUGGUUUGUCCACCUUGCUGCACAAUAGAUCAUCUAAAUCCAGUUUGAUACAGGGAAUUUCACAUUUCUAAUUGCCAGGAUUUUUGUGUGUAUUGCUUCCUUUGGAAUACCACAUGGAUGGCAUCUGAUACUGUUUGUAAUGCUGAAUUUAAAGACAGUUUAUAAAUAAUUUAUUUCAUAAUUCUCCUUUUUAAAUUCAUAUACAUAUAAUUUUACUUUGUCUCUUUCAUAAUAUAGAAUGUUUAAAUGGUUAACAUUUGUGCUGCAGUAUAGCUUUCUGGCUCAUGAAAAAUGAAAGCUAUCAGCGAUCUGGGCAAUAAGAUUCAUCGCCAAUAGUCAGUAGCAACAGCACAGAGCAUUUUAAUAUCAGUGAGGUCCACAGCUAGCUGUAAGAGCUGGUGUACUUGAAAGACGUUUAGGUGCAAUCAUUCUGCUGUUUGUUCCUUGCCUGAUUCAACAUGGGAUUGUGUGAGUAUUUGAAGAAAACAUCUUUUUUUUUAUAGCUUUGAAAGAUUUAAAAGGAUAGAUCAAUGCUUAAAUGUAAGGCACGGGGUAAUUGUAAAAAUCGUAUAUCUCUAAAAAGGGAAGAUAUUUUAUUUAUCUUGGUUGAUUAACGUUUUAGAAAAGCUAUUGCUUGGUUACAAGUGAACUGAUAAUGCUGGUCUAAUGUUGCCGUGGUAACAACUCAUGCUGAUAUAAUUGAGAACAUCUUAUACAUCCUAGCUUGAACAUUUUCUCCCUGCCAUUUUGAGUUGUUCUGGUGGUAUAUGAAGGAAGCUAAGACAGCUGGCUUGAAAGAAAUUAAAUCUGGUUGUAUGCAUCUUUGGCGUUAAUGUGGCGUUUAGUAGUGAUAUCACAUGCUGGGCAGUUAUGCUUUGCUUCUAGAGGCUUUUCUUUGUAAAACAAAAGAAAGCUUUCUUCAUUUUCUGUGUGCUGCAUGUUCCAGUGUAUGUGUUUACACCAUCGGUUCCUCUACCUCUAGAGAUUAGCAUAACUCCCUUUGCUAUUGGAUUGUUGUUUUGAGCAAUAUGUUUUGGAAAGGUUGCUUUUCAUCAUGAGUGCACGCAAAUCAUCAGAUGCAUCUGCUUGCUCCUCUUCAGAAAUAUCUGUGAAAGAGUUUCUAGCCAAAGCCAAAGAAGACUUCUUGAAAAAAUGGGAGAAUCCUCCUCCGAACAAUGCUGGACUUGAGGAUUUUGAAAGGAAAAAAACUCUUGGAACAGGUUCGUUUGGGAGAGUCAUGCUGGUGAAGCAUAAAGCCACUGAGCAGUAUUAUGCCAUGAAGAUCUUAGAUAAGCAGAAGGUUGUUAAACUGAAGCAAAUAGAGCAUACACUGAAUGAAAAACGAAUAUUACAGGCUGUGAAUUUUCCUUUUCUUGUUCGACUGGAAUAUUCAUUUAAGGAUAAUUCUAACUUAUACAUGGUUAUGGAAUAUGUUCCUGGAGGUGAAAUGUUUUCACAUCUAAGAAGAAUUGGAAGGUUCAGUGAACCCCAUGCACGGUUCUAUGCAGCGCAGAUAGUGCUAACAUUCGAGUACCUCCAUUCACUAGACCUCAUCUACAGAGAUCUAAAACCAGAAAAUCUCUUAAUUGACCAUCAAGGUUAUAUCCAGGUCACAGACUUUGGGUUUGCCAAAAGAGUUAAAGGCAGAACUUGGACAUUGUGUGGCACCCCCGAGUAUUUGGCUCCAGAAAUAAUCCUGAGCAAGGGCUACAAUAAGGCAGUGGAUUGGUGGGCAUUAGGAGUGCUAAUCUAUGAAAUGGCAGCUGGCUAUCCGCCAUUCUUUGCAGACCAGCCAAUUCAGAUUUAUGAAAAGAUUGUUUCUGGAAAAGUUCGAUUCCCAUCCCACUUCAGUUCAGAUCUCAAGGAUCUUCUAAGGAACCUACUGCAAGUAGAUUUGACAAAGCGAUUUGGAAAUCUAAAGAAUGGUGUGAGUGAUAUAAAAACUCACAAGUGGUUUGCUACAACAGAUUGGAUUGCUAUUUACCAGAGGAAGGUUGAAGCUCCAUUCAUACCAAAGUUCAGAGGCUCUGGAGAUACCAGCAACUUUGAUGAUUAUGAAGAAGAAGAUAUCCGUGUCUCUAUAACAGAAAAAUGUGCAAAAGAAUUUUGUGAAUUUUAGAGGGGGCCAACAAGUUGAAAUUAGAGCUCACACUCUUUGCACUCUGGUGAGAGACAAGGUGGAGCUGAGACCCUCCUUGUCGAAGCAGUUACCUAGUUCCUUCAUUCCAGCAACUGAGUGAGGUCUUUAUUGCCAUCAUCCGUGUGUGCACUCUGCAUCCACCUAUGUAAAAAGGCACCGCUAAGUCAGCAUUCUGUGUGCCAUGACGCAGUACUAGACCACUUUCUGCUUCUAUUGGUUUGUCUUUCUCCUCUCCUCCUACAACCACUUACUCUUUUUCAUUAGUUUUCCUCCAAGCAGUGCUCCAUUUUAUCUUGCUGGUGUUUCAGGUGUGCAGUGUUAUGACUAUGUGAUCUUUGAAGGGAAGGACAACUGUUGCUUUUAGUAGCUCCUGCCAAAUGUUUUUGUUGGUCAGUGGCAUGAAGAUGAACUUUCUGAUCAUUGUUUUUAGUUUGAGUAGCUCAGACUCGGUUUUGCCAAACUUGUGACAAUUUUUGAACAUAAUGUCUUACCCCCAAAGACAUUUGCACAAAUUGAAAUCAUUUUAAUUUUCUUGAAAUUCACUAUUCUGGCAAUAAAUUUAGCUAGACUAAUAUAGAGUAGCUGUACCCAGCAAUUUGGAUUUGUAUAGAUCAGAGGAUCCCUUUUCCCUUUGCUCCUUUUUAUGUUAUCUUCCCUGCUCCCAUCCCUUAAUUAAAGAAGUGACCAACCCUGUGCAGUGUGACAAAUGUGGCUUCUCCAACAGCAAACUCCAAUGUUAGGGCUCUCAGCCCAGAUUCUGUCACUUGGAAACAGCAUUUCUGUAGGUAUUACAGAAGAGCUGGAAGGCUUAUCGACCUUACCUCUUUCUUAAGGGUUUUAGCCAGUAUUUUAACCGAACAUGAUGAAUGGAAAUAACAAAAUUUAAAGUUUUUCAAAUGGUCUUUACUGUAAAGUUUUUACAGGAACGGAAGCAAGAACAUUGGUCUUACUAAGUCAAAGAAAUGACUUGAUUCUUGCAAAUAGUGUGGAGGUACUUUUGAUUAAAUGAGGUUUUAUUCUAUUUUGUCUUAAUACUGAAGAACAAAAGGAGAUGUCACUAGCUUAUUAUUCUGGUGUGCUAUAUGCAUAGGCCCAUGGUAGGGGCAAGAUUGCAACUUCUGCUUUCAUCCCAUACCUCAUCACUGAGGAAAGGAGACAAAGUUUAUAAAACUGCCACAGUUGUGUUUUAAUUUUGAUGGAUGAUAUUUUUUAGAUAAAUAAUCAUUUCUAGCUUCUUUUCUUUCAGUAACCAGAAUGAAUGAUCAUACAGGUAUAAUUUUGGUAUUUGAGUUAGUUAUUUUUUAUACUUUUUUGCCAACUGACUUAACAACAUUGCUGUGAUGCAGAAAUUUCAAGCAGUUUUGCACAUUUAGUUCAGUGUUUUUUGAGAUUCCUUGGCUUAAUUCAUUUUUAAACUAAUUUUUCUUUUGCUUCGUUUUCCCUAUUUGAUUUGAUCUGUAUGUCUCAGUGACCUAUCUUUAAACAACACACCAAAAUGGUUUAAAAUAAACUGCUUUCAUCUUUAUGAUCAGUUUACAACCAUAUAAAAGAAAUUGUUAAUCACAUUGAUCUUGAUGUAAAUAACCUUUGUUUGCUUCAUCACUGGUGCAGGUGCGUCACUAACACUACUUCUUUUCAUCUGUACCAUACCCUUGUAAAGCUUCUGAAGACAUUAAGAAAUUCUGUCUGAAAUACUCUCCUCACCAAUCUGUACGUCUUUUGGUUGCCAAGUAUUUCUGCAUGAUAAUGUUCAUGUAAAGGCUGAUACUGAUUUCAGUUGGUUCACGUAUAUUUAUAAUGUGCAAGAAACAUUUGAAAUACUCUGCUGUAGCAAGUUUUAUGUAACAAAAAUAUAUCAUCAUGUCAAUAAAUUUAAAAUAGCAUUUGUAUAAAAUAUCUUAAUGUUUUUGUAUUUCGUUUAGAUUCAAGAACAUGCUGAUGAUCAUUGUAUUCUGUAUGUAUGCUACAAAUUCUAUGGUAGCUUUGUUGUAUAUUAUUGUAAAAUUAUUUUAAUAAAUCACAGGGAUGACAAUUUGAUUAUUACAAUUUCAUUUUCAGUAACCAAAAAUAUUUCUAUAAAUUCUGAAAUUAUUUUUUCUAUGAAAUUCCUAGUGCCCAACUGUAGAAUUUGCCCAGGUAGAUGACUUCCAGGCUAUUCAGCCAUUCCACUUUACUCUCUAUUUAAAAGGACAAGAGUAAGCUGUCAAAUAUGUCAAGGGACUCUAUUUUUGACCAAUGAAGUAUGUUUAAUUAGAAUAUUUUUAAAGUACAUGAAAUUUGCAGUUCCAGCCACAGUGUAGCCAAAAACAAGAUAAAAACUUGAAGACAAAUAAGUGGCAUAAAUCAGUGUUUAGCCUCAAAUUUUAUUAUUUGAAACAGAAGACAUUGUGCUUUUGCUCAGAAAACAGAGUUGAGAUCAUAUUGGAAGGUACCCUAGAAUGAAAAUCAAGACAUGUGAGUUUCAGGCCAGAAAAUUAUAAGAGUGGCCCUGGCCUCAGUUCUCUUAUCUGCACUAUGGAAGCAUUAGAUUAGGCAGUUUCUAAAGUCCCUUCUAACUUGCAGUCAUUAGGACAAGAUUCUCUUUUUAUCUGCUGUUUUGAAGCAGUCUCGGUAAAGCAAUGUAUUAUAGGGCCAUAUUUAUCUUUGACAGUGUUCUGAGGCUUCUUUGACUAUCAUGAGACUCUUGUGUCUGUCCUGAUUCCUUCCUCAUUCACUGAUGCUGAAUACCCGGUUGAUAUCAAACUGUCAGCCUACCAAAAAUGAUACUGUGGCUUAUGGGUAUUGCUGUCUUGUUCAUGGUAUGUUCUUGUAUUGACAGCCCAUUGGCCUGAAAAUACUCAUUGUAAGCCUGAAAAAAAAAUCAUUUUUAUUUGCCCCUGAUUAUUUUUUCUGCUUGUUGUAAGAAUCAAAUGAAAUAAUGUACGUGGAAGCACCUUGUACACUGUAAGCUAUCAAUGUAAAAUGUUAAGGUGUGUUGUUAUUUCAUUAAUUAUUUCUUUAUUUAGAAUGGAGUUUCCUAUGCAUUAUUAUAGCUAGGAAAUGCUGAAAACAACUGUGUUUUUUAAUUAAUCAAUAACUGCAAAAUUAAAGUAUCUUCAAAGAUAAAA